AAAGAUUUAAGGGAAGAGAAAGUUUCAUGGUGCAAAUUUAAAGUCUGAGUACCUGAGACAGACUGAGGUUCGUGUUAAAAAUGGCAGAAUAUGACUUUACAGGAGGACCUGAGUCAGCAGGGCGUGCACGCGUUGAGAGGCUUGUGGUUCACAGGGUCCACCUUACUCCCUUUCCAUCUUUCUCUGUCUCCCUCCCUUAUACACCCUGUGCGGUGUCCUACAUGCUGAUCCAGCUGAUGCCCCCGCGCGUAAAUGGAAAGCUUUUACGCACCGUUCGCGUUCACUUCAAAAGAGGUUUAAUUGUUGUUUUUGCAUUGUCACACGCCUCGACGGGUGCAUAAGUAGGCCUAAGACACUGGGGAUGUGCUGUGGAGAUGUAAGGGAUGCGGUAAUACCUCACUACAUAAUAGAGAGGGUGGGGGUGGGGUGGGGGUAAAAGGCAAGGCGUGCGUCCGGACGCUCACCGCCAACUAAACGCGAGAGGGACUCAGACAUCAAUAACAUCUCGCUCAUCAAUAAGGCAUUUUGAUGGAGUUAGCUUGCUUAAUUAAAUAGGUUGCCUUGAAGGUAUUAGGCUCUCUGAAUUUAUAAUAUUUAAUCUAAUGACCCCCCAUGGAGAACAUCUGAAGGACGACUCUUCAGCAUCUCCAUCCACAGGAAAGCGGCUCGCUCACACAGAUUAUAAGAAUUGGAGGUUUCUUAUCUCUCAGUGAUGGCUAUCAACACUGAUACUGCCUUUGGGAAAAGCGCCCUCGGGGAGAGGGAAGUUUCCAAUCCCACCGACUUCCAGGACACUGAGAAGCUUCUGAGCACCGCGACCACCGAGCCCACUGGGCAGAGCAACAUCAAACCGUCCGACUCCUUCUCCCUCAACAUCAGAGGGAGCGUCCGGUCCCUGGAUGCGGACCAGAACGGACACAGAUUGCCGCUAAAGUCGGGCUCCAUCGGGCAGUUGGCGACCCCACCCAAAUCCUUGUCCCGUCUCAGCCUGGGGCCGCUGCCCUCCCCGGUGCCGCCCGGGUCCGUACCCCCGAGUUACCUCUGGCUCGCCGUGAUGUCCUGUUUCUGCCCCGCCGUGCCGCUCAACAUAUGCGCCUUGUGGUAUGCACAUGUGUCGAGGUCUGUUCUCCAUACAGGAGAUAUUGAAGGAGCAAGAAAGUAUGGGCGUCUGUCUAUGGUGCUCAGCUGUCUGGCGAUGCUGCUGGGUGUGGCUGUCAUCAUCUUCAUAGUAUUGACAAUAGAGAUGCAGAAUUGAACUGUGGGAUGGAAGGAGUGUCCUUUGACUUCAUCUGAAAUUUGCACAGAGGAGAGAAGGAGGAGGAGAAGGAGGAGGAUGAAUGUCGUUUUGAAGAUGAAAAAGCACAAAAUCUUAGUUGGAAACAAGCUGAAGAGACUCUAAGAAGUUGCGGGCCGUUUCUCUUUGUCUGGCAACACUCAUGGCCAAUAACCCCACAAACUCAGGAACAAGAGGAAGGAAAAAAGAAUGCUGCACACAGUUGCAGAGUCGGAUCAUCAGAAAGUUUAACUACUCAUAGUCCAAACUAGUGUUGCACUGAGGUACACGCCUGCCUGACACAGACAAUUGGAUGGCACUGCUUAUUAAAAAAUGGCAUCAAUAGAUAAGAGGAUGUCCUAAAGACUAAAGAACACACAUGAUUUGUACGUGAUGUUGUGAUAAAUAAAAACAGCCUCAUGUAGUCAGACAAAAACAAAAGGACUCAGUGCAUCUCUAGUCUGUAAUGCCGCCACUGCCUGCCCUGUUUCUCUUAACAUUUGCAACGAAGUACUGAUUGACUGUGGGAGGAUGUAUAUACUGAUUUCAUACACUGUUUACAUCAAGUUUAAAACUCAUGUACGUUUAUCACAACAACGCCCUGCUGCAGUCAUAGUGUGAUACCUUGCUUUGCGUGCUAUUAUGAUAAACUGACUCCUGUUCGGACUCCACUGAACUGCCUGGAUCUCUGCACCUCAUUACGUCUACAAUAUACUGCAAGAUAUGAAUGGGGUUGUUUUUCCCUGUAUGCACUGUUCUUGGCACUCUGAUGUUGAUGUUUAUACAUUUAUACUGUAUGACUGGUUUACUGUGCCAUAGCUCUGCAUGUUGGAAAUAAACUUGAAUGAGCAUGACGAACCUGAAUGUGAGCUCAUCACCUUUAUUUUAUGAGGCACCGCCAGUACCGUAUAAAGAAGUUUGACAU